ACAGUUUCAAACCCAGAUAUCAAACACGAUUUGAGUUUCUAUAAUGAAUCCAAAACUUGGAUUCUACGAGGAACCCAAAAAUUGGGUUCUUCGAGGAACCUAGAUUUGGGUUCCUCGUAAAACCCAAGGAACCCAUAAUGAUGAAGAGCAUCGAGAAAGGGAUGGUGAAGAUGAUUAAGGGGAUGGUGAAGAUAAACGGUGACAUGAUGAUGCUCGAGGAUGAGGGUGAGACCCGCAUGCCCUGCUCUUCCUCUCCCCCGACCCUCUGCAGUCGACGAACCCACCCCGUCAUCGCCACCCAUUUCCGGCCGAAAAUCCGGCAAAGCUUGGGGAUUUCUCCCUAUUUUCUUGUCUUAGAACACCUUAGUAAACCCAGAAAUUCCCCCUCUUUGCUGGAAAUUUCAAAUCUGCGCUGUCUUCUUGCCUUUGUCCGUUGGCUUCUGCUUGUGUGGGUGUGAAUUCUCGACUUUUCUGGUAAGAAACAACCAUGAUUUCAUCCUUUUAGCUUUGAUUAAGUUGGGUUCCUUUAAUUUUGGGUAAAUCCCGUGAGUUCCUGCAGAAUUUCCCCCAAAUUGUCGCCGGCCUCUUCCCCCUGCCAUGUCCGGUUCUGCAGCUGGAAAAUUUCUGGUAGGUUGGCUUCUUUAAUUCUUGAAAACUAGUUGAUUGAUGGUUGCCUAUGUUGUCCAAAUUUUUGCUAGAAAAUGGGAGGAAUUCCGGUAGCUUUAGGACCAUGAUUUAGCUUAAUUCAAGUGGGAUUUAUGUGAUUGAGUGUUAAUUGAUUGCUGUGAUAUUUUGUGUGAAAAUCCCGUGAAUUAGCUAGUGCUUUGGCCAAUUUUUGGAAGUUGGCAAUACUGUUCACGUCGUGAGCACUGUUCACGGGGCACUGUUCAUAGGCACUGUUCACACACCGAGGGCUAAUGAUUAACGGGGAUUUAAAGGUUUAGUUUGUGAUAUAAGAAUAAAUUUGGAGAUGUCCGGUUAUGUGGAGAUUGAUAGAAAUAACAUCGAGAUUAGGGGUAGUCUCGAUGAUGAUUUUACUUUGAAUUUGUGGUGAUAUGGUUAUUAAUUGUUGAAUAUUGUGAUUAGGUUUUGAUCGUUCUGUCACCGUAGCACUUGGGUUAGCCUUCUGUUCUGUGCGAGUGAGGUAAGUAAAUUAUGGUAAAGCCCUUUGAUUUUAAAGCAUGUUUUAAACUGUUUUUGAGAUGGUGGCAAGCUUUAAAUUGAUUUUAUCGGCAUUUGAGUGUGAUUAAACUGGAAUGCAAAUUGUGAUGGGUUUUAUGGGAAAUUUCCUUGUUUUUCUGAAAUUGAGCAUGAUUGGAAUGAAAAUGAGGAUUUUAU